AUGGGCUUCACACCGACUGAGUAUGCCCCUGGCUCUCCCCACAUCGUUGAGGACCUCUCGGGGGCCGAAUGGGUACCCUUGUUCCACCAUGACUGCAGCUUCAGCCCGGCCAUCUUUGUGCAGGUCAUGCUGAAUAUGAUUCGCAACCCCAACCUCAACUCGUCCUGGCUUUUUCGUGCAGACAUACUGUUGGAAGAAGACGGCGAGGCAAUCGGCGCCCCCAAAGCCGGGGGAGUGCAGCCAAGAUACGUGCAUUUCCAGGAUUUUCACCUAGACAAGUGCCUGGUCAGGAAGCUUAUUCCCCGUAAUGCUCUACGAGAUAAUCCCUUGGAUCAGACGUGCCUGGUCUACCAUGGCGGCCAGCCAGGUGUAGCCGAGAAGACCAUGGUUGUCUACAACCCGCAUUACUCCUCAGAAUCCGAGGUGCCCUUCUACCACCCCAGGGUUCGAGGCCUCAUCUUUCUGCACGAGUGGGACGCCAAUGCAGGCUCAGGCGUUGUCUCUAUUCACUAUUGCUUCUUUGAUGAAAAGGUCCGCGAGCAGAAGUUGAUCAGGACCGCCAUCAACUUGUUGAUGGUUCUUCACAAGCACGGCCAGGGCUCGGACGCUGGCUACGUCAAGCGCGUAAACCACGACACCAUCAUACCUCAGGCGACGGUGCAGAACACGUUUGCCAGACUGAAGCAGAAGUAUGCCCGGAAAAUCAUCCACAGCUGGGCUGAACAGACGGAUCCUUCGAAGCACGUCUUUGAAGAUCUCGGCAUUGCUGCCUUCCUCAUCGAACUAUGGCGCGAGAUGUACCAUGAGAAGCCGUUUCCGGGUUUCGUCGAUAUCGGUUGUGGCAACGGGCUUCUGGUCCAUCUGCUUCGGCAGGAGGGCUACGCCGGCUGGGGAUUCGACGCGAGGACGCGCAAGUCGUGGGAGAACUAUAACUCUGAUGCAGAUGCAACAUCGAGCCUCGCAGGCCACCCGAGCCUGCGGCAGCAUGUCCUCUUGCCGUCCGUCGCCACAUCUGGAGAGGAGCCGCAAGCUGGCGGUGAAGGUACUGAGGGUCUCAUUCACGACGGAGUGUUUCCCCAGGGCACCUUCAUCAUCUCCAACCACGCGGAUGAGCUUACCCCGUGGACACCCUUGCUCGCCACCGCGUCAGUUUGUCCGUUCAUCAUGAUCCCCUGUUGCAGUCAUGCGCUCUCCGGGGCCAAGUUCCGGGCACCCGCACCAAAGAAGCAAGAUAAGUCCGUCUCAGCAUACUCGUCCCUGGUCUCGUGGGUAUCACAAAUCGCUGCAGACUGCGGAUGGGAGGUGGAGACGGAGAUGCUUCGGAUACCCAGUACGAGGAACACGGGCUUGCUGGGAAGACGGAGGACAAAGGAUUUCUCUUCGAUCAACCUAGAGGACAUCAUGGCCAGGUAUGGAGGGACAGCAGGGUAUGCGGAGAACGUCAUGAAGUUAGUGAAGCAGACUCCGCGAGGCCACUGA